ACCUAGGUAUAAAGUGAUACUUUAGCUUGCUCUAUCUGCAUUUGGCAGUUAAAGUUAGACGGUGGUAGUUGUAAUAAAAAACUAUUUAGAAAUGCAUUAUUCAAGCCUUUUCGUAAUUGUUUUGGUGGCGUCCAUUAUCGGAUUGUGUGCAAGUGUUAAGCAAAAGAAGGUGAACUUAGCCCCCGACAAGACGGCACGCCUGGUGCAGCAUGCCAUCGACUGCGUGGCAGCCACCGGCGUCAGCCCCGACGUCCUCAUGCAGUUCAGACAAGGACACGUCGGCAACGACGAAAAAUCACAACAAUUCGUCCACUGCCUCCUAAAAAGGCUAUCCCUAAUCUCCAAAGACGGCCACGGGAAAACCCAAAGAGUUUUAGACUUGUACCCGGAUAGUGUUGAUAAGGAGGGCAUUAAGAAGGCCUUCGACGAAUGUAAUAAGUUGAAUGGGAGUACGCCGACGGAAACUUCGUUUAAAGUGUUUGUGUGUUUCCAUAAGACGUCUCCGGUGGUUAUUGGACUUUAAAUGUUAUUUUUUUUAUAUUGUGAGAUAUGUACAUAUACAGACCUAUUGAGACUUAUGUAAUGAAUAAUCAGUAUAUAAGUAAUGUGUUUAAAAAAGUGAUAAUUAAGUAGGUAGUUACAAUGAAUAUUUUGAAUUGUGAAUAUUAUUUAUAAUGUUAACUAAAACUUUCAUGAGAAAGAGGGUCAAUAAAGUUAA